UUCAGAAAAUCCUCGUCCUCGGGGAACCCCUGAAUGCAUCAUUACCCGGGGAAAUCAAACAAGUCUCGCAGUUCUCUGUGUUCGGUAACCUCCGUGGACAUGUGAUCAUGGGCAGCCAAAGUGACUGCACCAGUGACCCAGAUGAGGAGCUGCCUGUGUUUGACUUCCUCCAGCCAGCUUCCCACAGACGUGCAGAGAAACCAGACUUGGUCGACUUUGAUGGUUCUGAUGCUGCAGCAGCAGCUGUCUCCUCCCCAGGGAGGGGGAGUGGUGGCGUGUGCAUGGGAAUGGCUAAUGUAAUGAUAAUCAGCAGCAGUUCCGAUGAUGAUGAUGCACCUUAUGUUCCUUUGGCACAAAGAAUCAAGGCAAGGCGAGACAAUGUGAUUAGCGCCUCCACCAUCGUGACUAACGAGAACGAUGCUGAGCACUGUUUGCCGCUCUGUCUGACCAGCUCACAGUUUUCUGGCCAGAAUGGCUUUUCAGAGUCAGAGUGCCCGCUCGGCUCACAUCAGGUGAGAAAAAUGAGCUGUGGACAGGAGCUUCCUCUGAACGGAGCAAGGAACACAGACACUUCUCCUUCCAAGAGGAAACUUGGCAAGCGAACGGUUGAGGAGAUCCAGGCCUCCAGGGAAGUGGCUCUGAGUAAGAGGGAGGCUAAGAAGAGACAGCAGCCAGACAAGGAUGUGCUCAGGGAGGAACGAGAGAGACAGAAAAUGGAGAGGAAAGCUCUGGCAGAGGCAGCUAGGGCCCUGAGGCCAGAGGAAUGUAUCAAGCAUAUGGUGGUGGUGGUGGAUCCAGCUCUCCUACAGCUGGAAGGAGGCGGCACUUUGCUGGCCUCGUUACAGGCUCUGGGUUGUAGCUGCGCCAUCAAGAAACAAUCCCUCCCACGCAGUGUGAGCUGGAUGAGAAGAGCUCCCUGUGCGCAGGGAGAUGAAGGAGCAUCUGUACCAGAGGCCAAUGUUGUGAUACAGAUGACAGUGGAGGACUUCAUUACUUUGAUCCACAACUACGUUCAGAAUGAGAGGCAUGGCAGAUCAGACUGUGGGUCCACAUUGACAUCCUGGGUCCAGGAGCAGCAGAGGCGUCACCUUGGCAAGACCCUUAGCCUAGCAAUUAUUGAGCUUGAGAAAUACUUCAGAUCACAGAAAUCACAAAAACAGAAGCAUUUUCGAGAGGCUGUUGCAGGGGAGGAGACGGGGGGAAGUAAAGCCAAGAGGAGAAAGAAGAAUGGUGGAGCUGGUGUACUGCCUGAGGUGUCGCGAGUUGACGUAGAGGAGGCAAUGGUGCAUCUCCAGCUUCACACUGGUGUCUCAGUCUGCUUCUUUUGUACCUGGAGGGACUUCUCGGAUCACAUCACCAUGACAACCAAAGCAGUUGCAGAGGCCCCUUUCAAGAGAGAGAGGGAAAAGACUGGCUUUUCCUUCUACCUAGAGAGUGAGUGGGCAGGAGGCCAGCGGGUGGAUAGAGGUGGUAAGGGCCUGCUGCAGGUGUGGAAGAGACAGAUCCAGCAGUUCAACAGAGUGAGCACAGACAUGGCUGCUGCCAUCUUGGCAGCUUAUCCCUCUCCACAGCUGCUCAAGAAGGCUUACAACCUGUGCAGAACGAAACAAGAGAAGAUCUCUUUGCUCUCUGACCUACUGAUCCGGAGAGGAGAAGGUGUCACUUCCACCACUCGUAGGAUUGGUCCGGAGCUCUCCAGACGCAUCUUCUUGACAAUGAGCUCCUGUGAUCCAGAACUGAGUCUAGACUCGAAUCUCUGAAAUUUGAAUUUGAUUUUGUGGCCCACCUGCUUUGAGUUGGCAGUUUGUGGUCAUAUCUUUGAAUUUAAUGCUAUGUAAUUAAAGUUCAGAUUUUUAAAACUUUUA